AACUAACCUUUCGUACAGGACAUUUGGGCGGUAGUUCUGGUAUAAAAUUCCUAACAUUUUUCAUAAUUCCACCAAAUAUAGGAUUGGCCUUUCCGAGAGCAUUUUCCAGAAAUUCACAACCAUCGAUGGUGAUGUUAUACAAAACGGGACGUUGUCCAUUGUUUCGAACGUUCAUUUGUCAUAGAAACCGAUACGAUGAGAUAUGAAUACGAUGCAAAUUUAAUUACAAUGUCCUUGAAUUUAAACGAUUGUAAUGGGCGUAUGAAAUUGAAUGGAACCCUGGUAUUUUUGAAAGAUUUGAAAGAUUUUAGCAUUAUCAAUUGGUUAGUGAUCAAUCGCUCGAAUGGAAAACGCUCCACAUUAUACAAUAUCACUGUAAAGGAUGGAUGUCAAUAUCUGGAAAAUUCUUUUGGCAAAAUUAGUCCCAUAUUUCUGGCUGUUCUGCAAAAUGUUAGAAAAUUUGUUCCCGAUCUUCCGAAUAAGUGUCCCUUUAGAAAGAAUCGUUUGAUAACUGUAAGGGACUUUCAUUAUGAUGAGGACAUGUUUCCACCCUAUUUGCCUGAAGUUAAUUUUAGCUGUGUUCUAGGCAUGCAAAGUAAACGAAGUUAUAUAUUCAAAAUAUUCCUAACAGGUCAUUCUGCCAACAAUAGCAGUGCCAGUGUACAUCGCAGAAAAAUUUAAGCAUUGUGAAUAUGAGUAAUGGUAUUUUUUUUUGUACAAAAAUAUGGUUUG